AUGGAUCACUUCAAUGCCACCGUCUGCAAUGGGGCCAUGAUCUCAACUCGGAGAGGGUUUCAAGUGACCAAGCAGAAACACAAGGGGACCGCAUUUGUAAACUCUUCAGUGCAAGACCACGCGUCAAAGAAACCCCGAGCGAGGGCUGGCUUUUCCCUUCCUGUCGCUACAACGCUCACCUUUAUCAACAACGAAGAGGAUGAAAAGAAAUACACGCAGCCCAAGAGGAGGUCCAGGGGUUCGAAAGAUGCCGAAAGAGCAUCUAGGCUCAAGCCGGCGAGUAUGAGGAAGCGGAGGACUUCUUCGGAAUCAUCAGGCAACCACCCAAUCCGAGAAUCGUGCCAGCGGUUCGGUCUGGAGGAAAACUACGAGGAAUUGGGAUCGCUGCCAGCCUGGGCUUCGUAUAAGCUCCCCAAGAAUCUCCGGGAUUCGAGCAAAAGGUUGUUGUUCAUGACACUUGCAUUUGUCCCCGACAAAGCGUCCCCAUUCAAGGAGUACGGCAUGUUAACAUACAACCCGUUAAAAUUCUCCGAUCGGGAUAUAUGGCUGGUCCAGGACCCUACCAUUCUCCAUAGUGCCAUUGCUCUGGGCGCCCUGUUUGAUGCCAUCAGAUCAGGAAAGAAGGACUCGCCCGGGCUGACAUCACUUACCUCGCAAUUGUGCUCCAUCAUCAACCGAAGGCUGAACCAAAAAGAGCAAAGCGGUUUGGCACGGGAAAUUACCAUGCAUGCUGUUGCAGCUCUAGCAAUAAUUGCUGGCUACCAGGGAAAACACGACCAUUGGUAUGUGCAUAUGAAAGGGCUCGUACAUUUGAUUGACCUUGUUGGGGGCCAAGAGAAACUAGACGUCAGGACCUUAGGCGCGAUACGAAAGGCAGACUUGGCUGGAGCCGUCUCAGCUGCAACUAGGCCUUGCGUAUCGUGCGUGAAGCCCCGACUUGACCUCCGGUCUGUACUUCCCGAAGCACACCAGGAGAGAAAUUCACGUGCUGUACAGCGCCUCCUCAAUGCAUGCCAUAUUGACACAGAAAUUGUCGAGACGAUAGCAAGCGUGGCUGGUUUCAACGAUUGUCUGGAUUAUUGCAAAAAGAAAGAGGGCACCAAGUCAAAGUUCGAGCCUGAUGCUCUCAUGGAGUAUUUCUUCUUCCUGAAAUACCAACUACUCUCUAAACCAGAGGCACUACGAGAUUUCGACGAAGUCAUCACACCGAAGAUGAGCCGCAAAUUCCCCUUGAGCGCGCAGGAUUUCCCGACCCCAGUUUCAAUGGACCUCUCAGUUGACGCGUAUUCCAAAGCAAUUGAAUCUGCGAUGCGAAUUCUGACGAUAUUAUACCUGCGAGAACCGACGCUAGACCUUCCUUGUGGAGAGACAGUGCUACUAGAUCUUUUGACCCGACACAUGACAAUAAUUCUGACGAGCCGAAGAGGACCACAGCCAGAGAACUCGAUGAUUGACCCUUCUUUAUUGGAAGACUCUACUCCGACACAGAGUGCGACACUAAUAUGGAUGUGCAUCGCCGGAGACUGCUUCUCAACGUCAAAAAUGGCGACUUCAGUAGAUCACUCGGACAAGAUGGGCCAGCCAAGCAUUUACAAGCAGCUCCUCAUUGAGGUGCUAGGACCCCAUGCCUCAGCGAACCCGGAACUUGUAUCUCAAGAGGACUUGGAGCUAUGCAGAUUUUUGGAUUUGAGAUAUGUUCGAGGCACUCAGUGGAGUGAACGAAGCGCGAUGAGACACAUUCUAGGUGUGAUCAAAGUCGAGUAA